AGUAAGCUGGUGUGUUCCAUUCCCUUAUUGUUGCUAUAGUUUUAUUGGACAACUCUAAGGCAAUUUUGUACUUUUCUAGGUCUGAAAUAGCACUAAAACCCUUUCUACUAAGAAAGAUAAAACUGAAGAUGAAUUUUAUAAAUCUAGAAGUGUAUUGACGAAUCUGAAACCAUGCUUCAAGUGGUGACGAUUAAAUAAACCACAAAUCUCCUAGUAGCAUCACACGUUUGUUUACUUCUAGUAGAAAAGUGGCUGAGUGAUUAAGGUGUAAUGGCCAUGGAUAACAAACCUAGCUCAGAGAAUCGUACAGAAAUCUUCUCCAGACUACUUUCUGCUGGUACCAAGAUGGAUUCAUCUUGUACCAAAUCGAAAGUCCGAGAGUCUUCGACUCGAGCUAUAUCAUUUUCUGUAGCAGCUUUAUUAGCGGACGGCCGAGAUAGUAAUUCGGAUCGUUCCCCAGCUUCAAGUCCCGAAAACAUAACUUCUCCGACGGCCAUUAUCGGGUCUGCUUCGGCUACGAUCGACCAAAGAGUUGAGUUAGGCGUGACUAGAGCGUUUACUGUAGACGGCCUGCUUGAUCAGGACAGGUCAAUAUCAGGAUUUCGGACAAUACCGUCUGGUGUUGGUACCAAUUCUGUCAGUCUAGUCUCUGAUGGUUCUGGGUCAUACCCUUCAACCUGGGGUUCGCCACUGACAACAGCUUUUCCAUGGAUCCAUACUUCUCGGACGUUAUCUCCUUGCACGAAAUCUGAAGAGACCCCUAAACUUCCAGCCGUGAAGUGCCAGCUACGGAAGCACAAGAGCAACCGCAAGCCUCGCACCCCAUUUACCACUCAACAACUAUUGGCCCUGGAGAGAAAGUUCCGGUCUAAACAGUACCUCUCUAUCGCAGAGCGAGCCGAGUUUUCGAGCUCUUUGAACCUCACAGAGACCCAGGUGAAAAUAUGGUUCCAAAACAGGAGAGCCAAGGAGAAGAGAUUAAAGGAAGCUGAGUUGGAGAAGCUCAGGAUGACUGCCAGACCUCUCUUACCCAACUUUGGUUUCGGGCUGCCAGUGACUGCGGCGACGUUCUUUCCUGGGGUUCCUACAACAGUACCAUUAAGUUCCGCUGCCGAUGGCAACCGACCGAUCCUGUCACCACUCAUGACUCCUUACCCUAUUUAUUCUUUCACCCCUACUUCUUCGGCACCACUGGCUAUGUGUCCACAUUGAAAUGUUUCAAACAUAGUGCGCCUUUACAAUUCGAAGAAGAAAAAAGAGAGUUUAUCACUAUUUCAUCGGGCUUGAUGCAUAAUGGCAAGUGUGGGCUAAGGCAGAGUUUAAAAUGAUGUACCCACCUUGCCUUUAGCUUUCAUCAGUUCCUAUAGCGUUGGUGGCUACUUAUAAGGUCCAUUUGUUACAUAACGCACACUUUGUCUGAGGAAUAAUAUUUUGUGUUAUGGUUCUGGACAAUGAUAUAAUAAUCAAAGAGACUCGUUACGUAUAAGAAAAAUGAGAAAUAAGACUGAUUUUAACUUAAUGAAAUCUAAAAUUUCUCUUACUAAGCUAACGCUGCUGUAAAAUGUGUAGGUUGACUGUAAGCCACUUUCAAAUAGAAUGGACUGCAACUGGAACUUAGUCAAAGAUGGCAUGUAAAUAGAUAUGUAAAGGCACAUGUUUAGUGAUACAUUGUAUAAUGUAAGUACACUUAUAAUGUACAUAUCAUAUAUGUAACAAAGAUAGAGAAUGAAAUCUUGAAAUAUUCCACCUCAUAAUACUUAUUGUUUCUCAUGAUUAUCACACAAAACUUAUAGCUAACAUAUCUAGUAGGCAUUUUUUAGG